CGAUUGGAUUGUUGUCUACUAGGACAGUGGAAUAGCUCAGUCAGUAGUGAGUUGGAUUGUCGUCUGCUAGGACAGUGGAAUAGCUCAGUCAGUAGAGAGUUGGAUUGUCGUCUGCUAGGACAGUGGAAUAGCUCAGUUAGUAGUGAGUUGAUUGUCCGAUUGGAUUGUUGUCUACUAGGACAGUGGAAUAGCUCAGUUAGUAGUGAGUUGGAUUGUCGUCUGCUAGGUCAGUGGAAUAGCUCAGUUAGUAGUGAGUUGGAUUGUCGUCUGCUAGGACAGUGGAAUAUCUCAUUCAGUAGAGAGUUGGAUUGUCGUCUGCUAGGACACUCAGUCACUAGUGAGUUGGAUUGUCGUCUGCUAGGACAGUGGAAUAGCUCAGUCGGUAGUGAGUUGGAUUGUCGUCUGCUAGGACAGUGGAAUAGCUCAGUCAGUAAUAAGUUGGAUUGUCGUCUGCUAGGACAGUGGAAUAUCUCAGUCGGUAGCGAGUUGGAUUAUUGUCUACUAGGACAGUGGAAUAGCUCAGUCAGUAGAGAGUUGGAUUGUCGUCUGCUAGGACAUUGGAAUAGCUCAGUCAGUAGUGAGUUGGAUUGUCGUCUGCUAGGACAGUGGAAUAGCUCAGUCAGUAGUGAGUUGGAUUGUCGUCUGCUAGGACAUUGGAAUAGCUCAGUCAGUAGUGAGUUGGAUUGUCGUCUGCUAGGACAGUGA